AUGGUCGGCGAUGGCGGCGAAAACGACGACGACCUUUUUUCCAGGAUUGAACAAUACAAGGACGAGGUUACCGCGGUCGUGAUCCUGGAGAUUCUAACGCGGCUUGCCACUUCUCUGGACCUCACCGAUGAUGUACGAGUCCGGAAAGUUGAAGCCGAAAUCCCGAGCGGCAUAAUGAUAUUAUUAAAUUUAUUAUUAGGUAUUAUAUGGUAUUAG